UGGGUUAAUUAGGUGACCUCCGCCCGGCGCUGUAUUUGAAUCUUCCGUAGCUACAGACACACAUUCGUGUACGCAGCGAUCACUAUUAUUGGCACAGCCGUUUGACGAUGGAAGCACGUAAAUAUGUUUAGUCAUGCAAGGACGGAUUACAGAUUAACUAACUGGAUACAGGAUAGUUAUUAUUAAGCUGUCAUCGAUGAGAGGAGGAAUUAGUCAUUUUCCACGUUUGCUGACGAUUUCGGCGAGCUCUUACUCUUGACGCAACAGCAUUCUUGAUAAACGUUCAUUUACUGGCGAACUUCUACUGCAAAGCAACAGAGAGAGUGCAGACAGUGUUUUGAAGUCGACGCAGCUGGAUAGUAAACAAAACUCUCAACGGCAAUUUACGGCUAUAGCAGAAUUGACGUCUGAAGUCUAAAAGAGAUUCAAUAACUUCUUUAGCUUAUAAAGUAUUCUUCAGGGAAGCUAAUUGAAAAUGCAUCAGUAUAUUGAGGUGGAGAAGCUUCGUGCUGGCUAUUUCGGCACCGAAUACAAAUACAGAGAGAGGGGUAUCAAAGGAAAGGAACGACUCGCCAAACUCGUGCCGGUGAGCAGGCGAGGAAAGGCCAAAUGGGUCUUGGAGCAGUACUAUCGCAAGAUGGUGUUGAGACUCCCCAAACAUGACAACCUGAUCAAGAUCAAAGCAGCUUUCUUGAACAAAGUCGCAGAGGACGGUGAUGACGAGGAGGAUAUGUUUUUGUGCACGGUGUGGAAGGUUUGCGGUGAGAACAGUCUGAACUUGAAUGCCUAUCUCCUCUCUCGUCAUGACAGACUCGAUGAUGAUGCUUACAAGUCACUGAUGAUGCAGCUAGCUCAAGCCAUGGAGCAUCUCCACUCGAAUGGCACCGCCCAUAACGCGUUAACGCCUUACAGUGUGAUAGUUGUUGAAGGAGUAAAAGGCCAAGCCGUGGUCAAGGUAGGCGAUUAUGGACUGACGCAGGUGUGUGGUUCAGCUUGCAAUGAAAACUACAAGCCCGAUGGACAACUGGCCAAGAGUUUGGACUUUUAUUUGCCUCCCGAGGCCGCCGAUGAAGGUUGGGGCCACCCUGGUCAGGCCAACACCACGACGGAUAUCUUCAUGCUUGGGCUGAUGUUCAGCGCGAUGGCCGAGCACGCCGUGCUUGAAGGAGCAGACCAGAAUGAAGAGACAAUCAUUGCGACGUUCGUCAAAUUCCCUGGUUAUGGUGCCGUGCCUAUCGGGAAGUUCCUCAACACUAAUCCAAGCAUCAACCUUGAUCAGCAUCUUCAUCGCAAACUCAGCCACGAGCUCCGCAGUCUAGUCCGACGAAUGACACUCAGCGAUGUCGACUCACGACCACCGGCGAACGGCGUCAUCCACAUGCUGACGGCUUGCCAGACCAUCCGAGGAAACGAGAAGUCAGGAGAAGAAGCCGAGACACACAUCACGGCGAGAUCGUCGUCGACGUUGCCACGGAAUAUGACAUCGUCAUUGGCCAGGAAGACGAGCAUGAGAAAGAGAGCAGGAACCAACCCUGCCAUGUUCAAUCCUUGCGUCUCACCACCCCAGAUGCCAAGAAUGAGUUCUGCUUCGGUCAUCAAGCCACCAGCACCAACCAAGACGAGCUUAAUCAGGAGAGCAUCAUUGAGGGCGAGUAACUACUUGAGAAGAAGUCGAUCAGUCAAGAUUUCAAAUUGAUUGGUACAUACGAAAGAGACGGAGAGACUUCACUUAUACUGUCCUAUUAUAAACACAUACAUGUAUAGACUUACAUGUUAACAUCGGCGGGAAAAACCCUUAGACGUCUGAGAAACUCUCUAAAGUCUGCCGAUAA